AUUACACAUGGUCCAAUAAUCAGUAAAACACAAGGCCCAAACACCUAUGACCCAAUCCAACAACAAGACGAGCCAUGUGCAAAGCACGUGACACUCUUCCAUCCACCCAAAUAUCUAAUCCUGUGACAGAAACCAAAACCACCACACACACAUUCUCCAUUUUCCAUUUCCUUUUCAUGGCUGCUGUGCUUGAAACUCUCACAGUUCCCCGUGCCUCCGCCUUUCCGGCGGCAUCGUCGUCUCCGAUCGUCUCUUCUGCUCGCCGGAGCUUUGUAAAUUUGUCGAAAUCAAAAGGUUUCAAAAUCCAGUCGGUUUCCGUUUCUGGAUCGGUGAGUUUGCGGUCUAAAUUAGGUCGCCGUGGAUCGCGUAUCGUAUGUCAGGCUCAAGAAGCUGUUCAAGUCCUUCCUGUGACUGAUGCAACAUGGCAAUCGCUAGUCUUGGAAUCUGAUCUCCCCGUCAUGGUUGAAUUCUGGGCCCCAUGGUGUGGGCCCUGCCGCAUGAUCCACCCUGUCAUUGAUGAGCUUGCAAAGGAAUACACAGGGAAACUCACAUGUUACAAGGUUAAUACUGAUGAGAGUCCUACAAUUGCAAGCCGAUAUGGUAUCAGAAGCAUCCCCACUGUCAUUAUAUUCAAAGAUGGAGAAAAAAAAGAUGCAGUUAUUGGUGCAGUUCCCAAAUCAACACUAUCUACCUGCAUUGAGAAGUUCUUCUAGAGGUAUUAUUAUUAUGUAUAUAUAUAAACACGCGAGAUUUGUUCGUAUUUAGUUAUGUGAUAUCUUGCGUGCUGUUGACCUAUUGAUAUCAUCACAAGUACAGAUACUUCAGGUCCAAUAAUUUAUGCAUUGUGUCUUACUCUCCAAAUUUUCUAAUGUUCCAAGUAUAUAGCCAAGAUCGGCCGAUGUUUUUCUGUCGAUGUUGU